UGCAUUGCAAGACCUACAUUAAGAAGUGUAACAUAGUAACUUCCCUGUAAGAGCUGGUGGGUAAUGCUACCCUAAAUAGAACAAACUCCCACUGGCUGGCUUUUGUGCAAGAACUAAUUCUUUCAGGUGCAGAUCUAUAUAAAAACUCAGAGGGGAUUGAAGGAUGCACAGGCAACCUCAAACCUGUUCUGAUGCAGAAGGGUUUGUCAGUUAUCAAUCAAUAAGCAUUUGCUAAGCAUCCACUAUGGGCUGGGCACUGAGCAAAGUGCAGGGGAGACAGACAAAAGUGUCAAAGUUCCUGUCCUCGAGGACCUUAACAUCAUUUUGGCUUUUUACCUAGGAAUUUCCCCUCUAGCCUGGUCAGAUUAUGGAUGUGUGUUCAAGUUCCGCUAAGUACCCUGUGUUGCUGGAAGAAACAAAAACAGAGGACAAUAAAGACGAAUCUCACAUCAAGUUCCCAGAAAAUGAAUUCAUUCCCAAGUCACAGGAGAAAGUUGUUCAUUCCCAAGUUACAGGAGAAUGCCCUGACACUAGAAAAGAUUUCAAUGAUGCAGGAUCCUCUUCUCUUCCUAAUCUACAGAAACUUCUUCCUACGAAUUAUAACAGUUAUACUAAAGAACAUUAUUCAUAUGCAGGAAAGAAUAUUAUUAUUCAAGAAUCAAUAGAGAGCUAUGGAGCUGUAGUAUGGCCAGGUGCUGUAGCUUUGUGUCAAUAUUUGGAACAACAUAGUGAAGAACUCAAACUUCAAGGUGCUACAGUAAUUGAAAUUGGGGCUGGACCAGGCCUUGUGUCAAUUGUGGCUAGUCUAUUAGGAGCACAGGUGACAGCAACUGAUCUUCCUGAUGUUCUAGGAAACCUCCAAUACAACAUUUUGGAAAAUAUACACAACUGUACAGUGCACCAACCUGAAGUGAGAAAACUAGUGUGGGGGGAAGAUCUUGAACUGAAUUUCCCUAAGUCAGCUUAUUAUUACGAUUUCAUUUUAGCUACCGAUGUGGUGUACCACCAUUACUUUCUCGAUAAACUGCUGACCACAAUGAUACAUUUGUGUCAGCCAGGAACAGUGUUGCUCUGGGCAAACAAAUUCAGAUUCAGUACAGAUUAUGAAUUUUUGGAAAAAUUCAAGCAGAUUUUCAACACAACACUACUUGCUGAAUUUCCAGAGUCAACAGUCAAGCUUUUUAAAGCAACACUAAAAUGGGAUUAAAAUAAUAUGGGGGUGGGAGGGGCAGCUAGGUGGAGCAGUGGAUAGAGCACCGGCCCUGGAGUCAGGAGUACCUGAGUUCAAAUCCGGCCUCAGACACUUAACACUUACUAGCUGUGUGACCCUGGGCAAGUCACUUAACCCCAAUUGCCUCACUAAAAAAAAAAAAAAAACAAAAAAACCCACCAAAAACAAAAUAAUAUGGGGGUGGGGAAAGGCAUCAUGUUAGUAUGCCUUUUGAAGCAGAAGCUGAUGCAUUCAUUACAUUUGAGGCCAAACAGAAAUACAUAAGAAAUCAAAAUGAAUUUAAGUAUUAAGUCUUUAAAAUACUUAACUUCAGGGCAGCUAGGUGGCGCAGUGGAUAGAGCACCAGCCCUGGAGUCAGGAGUACCUGAGUUCAAAUCUGGCCUCAGACAUUUAACACUUACUAGCUGUGUGACCCUGGGCAAGUCACUUAACCCCAAUUGCCUCACUAAAAAAAAAAAAAUUAAAAAAUAAAAAUAAAAUACUUAACUUCAGAAACUGUUAUACCAAAUUUUAUAUCUAUGUAUUUAUGUAUAGCUACACCAAAUUUUAUACUAAAGAAAUCAUGAAUAUUACAUAUUUUGAAAUAGUAAUGUAUACUUAAUGUAUAUUCAUAUUGCAAGUACGAACUCAUUUUAUUGACUUUAUCCUCAUAUAUUAGAAAUAAAUGUCCCCGAAUUAUUAGAAUCACAUCUAGCUUAUGUCUUUAAAAUGACUGAAAACAUGAAAUAAUAUAGGGCAAAGAUAUUACAAACAUUAGGUUAAUAUAAAACUGCCAAAUUCUUUGCAAAUUUGACCAGAAUAUGGUCAACUCUUUUUGAAACCCCAAAUUCAAGAAGCUUUAAAAUAUACUAUUUCACACUAAAUUUGUAGUGUAAUGGAAACACGUAUUUGUUAAAUGAUGCAUUUACUCAAUAACCUAAGUCUAAGUAAUUACUAAGAUUAAUGCAAAACUCUUAGGGCAAUGAGGAUAUGGGAAAUAACUAUAGCUGCUAGGAACAAUGAUGCUUUUAACUCUGCUAUAACACCAAGUUAUACUAAAUUAGUAUACUUUUGUUAGACGUAUACUAAUAACUUGGCGUUACAGCUUAAGUUUUCUAAGUAUUAGCUUGGAACAAUCCUCACUAAUAAGCAUGCUGUAUUUUCACCCUGGUCAGUUCUACUACACAGCAGGGUUCUUUUAAAUUGUCAAUGUAUUAAAUGACCCUAAAGCAGAUUUGCUCAUUCCACUGUUAGUAUCCAUACAGGUUUCAUUGUGAAACUUCCUUUUCCUCCAAUAUUGACAGCUGAACAGAGACAGAUUAAAAGGAAGAAAAAAAUUAUAGGUUUAAUAUAGUAUAAAGCAAUUCCAGAAUAGAAAAGAAGAGGUUUUACAAGAAACCCAGAGAAAGGUUUGCCUAAGAUCAUUUUAGGUUAGAAACCCAUGCACUAUUAAGUCCAUUUCAACUGUAGAUAAAAAUUGCUACCUGAAAAAAAAAUGCAAUCAUGAUCUGGGCACUUACAGUUUUAGAUAUUUUGUUAUUCAUAACUCAUUUUUUUUGUUUUUUUUGGGGGGGGGUGGUUGCGGGG